CAUGGCGACGUGCGAGUGGCGGUGUCGGUGCGGUGUCUAAGAGAAAGGACCAUGUUGUUGCCGCAGUGUUCGCAGUGUUUCCGUGAUCCACGUUGAGUCUGGUGCAGAUGUAGGAAUGUCAGAGGCUAAACGUGUACCAUUGCAGACCUUGGAGUUUCCGGAGUCCUUGGGCUACGCCGCAAAGAAAGAGAAAAAGGGGGAAAAGGGCAAACAGCUCGCGCCCUCCCACCGCUUCACACUCACCCUGCUAGAGUCGAACGAGAAGGCAUGUCCUGAGUUCAACUAUGCACAGCUCCUCAAAGCAGCCGAGAAAAAACGUAGGAAAGAAGUUAAGCAGGACAAUGCCAACGGAUUACAGUUUGAUGAUGAUGACGACGAUGAUAAGCUUCGAGAUAUGGCAAGACAAUUCGAAGCGAAAUAUGGAACAUCCACAAUGGGAAAGAAAAGGAAUAAGUACGAUGAUUAUGUGGAUUUGGGUGCUGGAUACGAUGAGAAUGAUUCUUUCAUCGACAAUACUGAUGCGUACGAUGAACUUGUGCCGGAAGAGGUGACUACAGCCCAUGGAGGUUUUUAUAUCAACUGUGGAGCUCUUGAAUUCAGGGCAGCCGAUCGACACUCAUUGGUUCACAACAACAACAAUAACAACAAUAAUAAUAAUAAUAACAGUAACGAGGAAGAAAGUAGUGAAAGCAGCGAAGAAGAUAUUGAGGAUGUGGAUAGUCCCAAAAGAUCAGAGAAACGAAAUCUUAGUUCGUCAGAUGAAGAUGAGGCUGAGGAUAUUACUGGUGAUCACCAAAGAAAAAAACAAAAGGUAGAUGAAAACGAAGAGAAGAAACCUACUCAGGAGAAUAUUGUCAAGAAAAAGAAGAAACUACCAAAUCCGCAGGAGCAACAAAAUUCUCAACAAGAUGGAGAUGCUUUGAACAGACGAAAGGAGAAAGUAGAUAUUAUGGACGUUGAAGGUAAUACAAUUAAUCGAAUUCUUUACAUAUUAAUUUCAGAAGAUCAAGAAGAGAAGAAGAAGUCUGACAAAAUUGAUACACAAAAGAGUAAAAGUCUACCGGAUAAAAAAUUUGAUAUAAAAAAAUUCGAAAAACAAUCAUCGAAUAGUAAUGGUUUUGAUGGAAAGAAGUUAGAUUUAAAACAGUUAAGUGGUAAAGACAGUAAUAUUGAUGAUGCGAUAGAAAGUGUAGUUAAUGCAGCGAGAGUGGAGGAUGAAUCGAGUCGAGAUACUUCCGAUUCUAGCAAGUCUCGGUGCAUAGGUACCGAAUCAGAGUGCGACGAUAUGGAUAAAGAAGAAGCACCUUUACCUGAUUCCCUUCCAGAGAAUGUUGUAGAAAUAGUUAAUAAAUUGAAGGCAUGUGCCGAAAAUAGUAAAGAAGGAAAGAGUAAAUUCUUUAAUACAGCAGUAAAUACAUUAUUUAAGGUAAGAGAUUAUAAUGGACAUUUAGCACGAUUCUUACCAUGUAGUAAAACGGCCCUUCAAAAUAGAGCAAAGAAACUGUAUGUACAGGAUCUCGAUUACAAAGUCAGGGAACUUACACAAAGGUUAAAAGAAGUUAUCGACGAAAUAAUGCCAUCUGUGAUUUGCAAAUAUCGUGAUGAUUGUCAAAAGGUCGUUGAAGGAAAGGAAACGGAAGGAUCACCUGCAGAUGCUGAAAGUUCCGAUGACGAAGAUAGUUGCGAAAAUUCAGACAAAGCGAAAAUUCCGAAAAAACGUUUCCCGUGGACCGAAGAAGCAAAAAAACUUGUUUGUGAAAUCGCGAAUGCAAGGAGACAAUGUUACAAUAUCUUAAGACCGAGAAAAUUGAGCAUGUAUGAUUUUGUGGUAAAAUUCUUUCUACGACAAGUGUUACCAUUAUGGCCGGAUGGAUACAUGACGGCGCAUGCUUUAUUAAAAUUUGUUAAUGAUUCCGAACCAGUCGCAAAGAAGAGACCGAAGAAAUUGAAAGAGGUCGGAAACGGUAACACCAACAGUUCAGCUGGAAAUGUUGUGUUCAAUGCAGUUGUAAAGGUUGAACCGUCGAAUGUAAAUAGUGUCCCGUGGCAAGAAAGGGAAAAAGUGUCAGCAAAUGUAUCUAAAGUUCAAAACGUUGCGGAAAAUUCAACCAGUUACGUGAAACAAGGGAUUCCCAAAUUGAACGACAAUUCCGAAAAGAAACAACAAAGUGUCAAACAUAAGGAGAAAAGUAAAGACGCAAAUAACUCGGGACAGCAACAUGAUAAUUUGACAGCUGCUACCAAUAAUUCCACUGUGGGUAAAAUUUCUGUUGUGCCUACAGCUCAGUUAAUGGCUUUAAAGCCGGUUAAGUGUCAACUAGACAAGAUUAAUUUGAUGGACUUAGGUAAUAGUUCUCUUUCUAUCACGCCUGUUAACGAGUUCCUUAAGUCAUCUACAAAAGUGAAUGAGAAUAAAAAAGAUGUAGUUUCUAUUACGGCUUAUCCCGAAAUCUCGAAUGUUCUUCCAAAUACAAAUGAAGUGCCUCAGAGUGGACAUCAUUCCGUACACAGACAGGAAGCUUCAUACUCGUGCUCGCAAUCUCAACUUUCUAUCUAUCCUACGUCAAACCAGACAAAUCCGCACGGAAAGCCUGUGUCUUUGAAGCACAGGUUGCUACAUGAAACCACCGAAACCAAAAAUGAUAAGAAGUUAGAGGACAAGGAUGUCGAUGUGGUUAAUAAGACUGAGAAAAGGGAUAAGAAACGGGAACGGUGCGCCGAGGUUAAGCACAAAUCGCACGACGCUAAGAAAAGAAAGAAGGAUACGAAAGCGAUAGAAAAGCAAGUGGGGCAUGUAAAUUCAGACGUAGUGCCUACGCAACAACAGCAACCAUCUCUCUCGAAAGAAGAACAGGAGCAAAGGCAAAACGAGGAGACGAUUGCUGCGACUAAUUACUUGAGUCAAAUCAUUAACGAUGAUGUGACCCCGAGAGGAGUAACGGACAAACGAAAAGACGGUGGACUUGUUCUAGACGAACCUCUAAGUAGUACUGUGCAACCAACGGAACAGGAGAAGGACGUUCAGAUGGUGAUGAGAUCUUUGAAAGAACUCCAAGAAUUACAAGAGAUGAAAUACUCGCCGAGUAAUUCGCCGGUUGGUACGAGCAUGCAGAAACCAAACAAGUCGAACGCGCAAUGUACCUCUUAUCAGGACGACUAUUCACGCUUAUAUCAUAAGAAGGAUGGAAAAAUGAAGUCUAAAGAAGAUUCCCAAUGGUAAUAAUAAUCAAAUAGCGUGCACCCCAGACAGAGAGGUUAUGUUGAACGGAAUAAGAGAAUCCAGUGAUCGGAUAAUAAUUUCAUAGAGAUCUAUAGGCGGACGUUUCAGUAAAUCCACAUUAUUUUUUAUGGAGACGAGUACGUGUGGAACUGAUCAGAACUUCUUCCAUUACUGCAAGCCGCGUCACUGUCGACGACCAAAAAAAAAAAAAAACCAUACACAACUGGUGAAUAGCGUGCUGCGAUCAUAUUGUAUCGCAUGAAUUUUUAAGUAUUUUAAAAAACCGCCAAAUUCUGUAAAUAUAUUCAUUCUUUCGUAGUUACUUGAGAACGCGCGUGUACAGAGUAAGUAUAAAUUAUGGAAGUAUGAUAAUCGUAUAGACAUUUGUAAAUAAGUUAGCGUCCAUUCAUCGCCAUGAAUGGGGUGGUCUGUGAAAGAUCAACUUUUUUUAUUAGACGGCGUAUCGCUGCUUCAUAAUUUUAAUACGAGUCUACCAGCAGUUAAAAGUUUUUUUUUUUUUUGGUACACGGUUACGGCAUCGUAUCUUUUGUUUUAUCGAGAAACUUGCUUGUAAAGUGCUUCUAUUAUUUUUUACAUACUGCCACGAUACGGGAGGGGUGGGCUAGCGCUGUUAGUAAAUGUUUCUAUAGGUUUCAGUAGUACGUGGCCACCCUGAGUCAUCGAGUGAGAAAAAGCUGUAUUUCUUGAGCGUACCCACGGCAAUUAUAAUUUUUGCGAUGUAACUAAAAGAAAGAAAUAGUGGUUCGUAUAUUUUUCGGUGUGUCGUUAAUUCGUGAUCGGAGUUAACGUUCUCAAAUUCAUAUUAGGAGCACAAAACGAUAUACGGAAAUAAUAAAAUGGUAACUAUUAUUUUUGGGAACGAAAGAAAUCGCAGUAAGUCGGCGAAAUACUGUACAUGUUUAUGCUAUUUAUAAAUGCAAGAAAGAAAAUAAAAUGGAACACGUGUCUGAGGUAUCUAAGCAUAUACUACGAUGUUUUAGGGUCUUUAAUUGGAAAGAAGAAAAAAAUACUGAAAGAAAUUAAUCGUUAAAUUGUGUUCAAAAUCUACAGAACUGUAUAGUUUGGUACGGCUGUCUGGUCAGACGAGAGAGAUCAAUUUGAAUAAUGGAGAGUGUGAGAGAGAAUGUGCGUGAAAGUACUAUUUAGAGAAGAGCUACGAUAUUUUUGAAACACAAAGAUGACGAUUAGUGAUGUAUUAUAAUACCGCAUACCUUCUUUUCUCCUCCCACCCUACCCUUUACGAUACUUAGAGUAUAACUAAAGCGUCUUGUACAAUU